AUGCUCAUCACAGAAUCACACAAAGAUAUGCCGACCAAGGCCGGCGGUGACAUGAGAAUCUUCAUCUUUCACCCCACCAUCCCAAACUACCCAAAAGCAAAGUUCCCUGGCGUCGUCGUCUUCUCCGAAAUCUAUCAAGUCACUGGUCCUGUGGCUCGCUUCGCGCGACAAAUUGCUUCCCAGGGCUAUAUUGUUGCAGCGCCCUCGUCCUAUCACGAAUUCACCGGCCCCGAACCACUUGCUUACGAUGGCCCUGGAACUGACAAGGGCAACGAGUGGAAGAUAACAAAGACCGUCCAAGCCUACGAUGAAGACGCCGCCUUAUCAAUCGAUGCACUGCUUGACCUGCCAACCUGCAAUGGCAGGGUUGGUGCCACUGGCAUGUGCCUGGGUGGGCAUUUGGCAUACCGCUGUGCUCUGGAUCCCCGUGUCGUUUCGGCAAUCUGCUACUUUGCGACCGACAUUCACAGCGCCACAUUAGGAAAAGGCAAGAAGGACGAUUCGCUUGCUCGCGCAAAAGACAUCAAGGGGGAACUCGUCAUGAUAUUCGGUAAAAUGGACACCCACGUACCACCCGCGGGCCGCGACUUGAUCAGAAAGACGCUCCAUGAAGCCGGUGUUACCUUUUCAUUCUACGAGCCGGCUUGGGCCCAACACGCUUUUAUUCGCGACGAACUAAGCAAGGGACGCUAUGAUGCUGCUCUCUCAGGCAUCUGUUUUGAGAUGCUCAAAGAGCUCUUCAACCGCACACUACGCUCUGAUCUCGGACCACCAUCUGGCACCGAUGUCGAGGUUGAGGAUGUGUGUUGAACUUGGCCGAUGGCCCAUUCGCAAGUGUGGAGACUGAUAUUAUAAAACCACGUCCCUUUUUGGAAGCCCUUUAAUAGAUCCAAUUAGUGGUCGAGCAUACGC